AUGGGGGCCCUGAUCAUGGCGCACUCCGACAAUAACGGGCUCGUGCUGCCGCCGAAGUUGGCUCCGAUACAGGUCGUGAUGAUCCCUAUUUACAAAGGCUCCGAAGAGCUGGCGCAGAUAUUGGCCCGGCUGGACGAGAUUGCCGCCGAACUGAAAAAACGGGGAAUCAGCGUUAAAAUCGAUGCGCGGGACAAUGUCCGCACCGGUUUCAAAUUCGCGGAAUACGAGUUGAAAGGCGUACCCGUUCGCCUGGCGAUGGGGCCGCGCGACUUUGCCGGCGGUACGAUCGAACUGGUUCGCCGCGAUACGCUCGAAAAAGCGACCGUUCCGCAACAAGGGCUGGAAGAUGCCGUCGAACGGCUUCUCGGCGAGAUACAGCAGAAUAUUUAUGAUAAAGCGCUGAAAUUCCGCGACGGUAUGAUUACGCGGGUCGACACGUACGACGAGUUCAAACGGGUGCUCGACGACAAAGGCGGCUUUAUCCUGGCCCAUUGGGACGGCUCGCCCGAAACGGAAGAGCGCAUCAAGAACGAGACGAAAGCGACGAUCCGGUGCAUUCCGGUCGACGCCCCCGCCGAAGAGGGAGUCUGCAUCGUCAGCGGAAAGCCUUCGCACCGCCGCGUCCUUUUUGCCAGGAGUUAUUGA